UGGUGACCUGUGUGGUGUGUCAAGUGUGUAAGUGUAGUUUGAAGUGAACGUUCCUGGGGUAUCUAGCAUUGUAAUUGUCGGCUUACAAAAGAGAGGGCGCUUAAGUGGGAAAGGACAAUUGUCUAUUUAAAGGUUGUUCUACUACAGUCAACUACACUAGGUCUAGAUCGUAUUCAUGAAUUGAAUACUUUUGACAUUUCACAAUAAAAGUAGAUCAAGAUUCUUAAUAAAAUCUCUGUUGGUGGAUUUCAAUGAGAUUUGUCUUCUAACUAAAAGGAUUUAAAUAGGCAACAUACGUUUGGAUUAAGAGUAUCGGAUCCCGAGGAUGGCUACCAGGCCAAGAGGCUAUGGCUUGACUGGAGAAGUAAAUCGAAAAAUCGCCAGUAAAUAUGAUUUGGAGCUGGAACAAAGAGCACGAUUAUGGAUUGAAGCUGUACUAGAAGAACAAAUAUCUGAUGAAGACAGAAGUCAAUCCCUUGGCAUGGACAGAUUUCAAGCUGCUUUAAAAGAUGGAACAAUCUUAUGCAAAUUAAUUAAUAAAAUUAAGCCAGGUGUAAUGACCAAAAAAAUGAACACCUCAAAGAUGCCGUUUCUGCAGAUGGAAAACAUUAGUAAUUUCUUAGAGGCCUGUGAGAAACUGGGCGUUUCCAAAACAGAUCUGUUUCAAACUGUUGACCUUUAUGAUAAAAUCAAUAUGGUUCAAGUUGUCAAUUGUAUUUACGCUCUGGGACGAAAGGCACCCAAGGUUGGAUAUAAUGGACCAUCUUUAGGAGUUAAAGAAGCUGAUGAAAAUCCUCGUAACUUUAGCCCUGAAACUUUAAACGCAGGACAGUCAGUGAUUGGUCUUCAAAUGGGAACCAACAAAGGUGCUAAUCAGUCGGGUAUGAAUUUCGGUAGAUCUCGCAGCAUCAAUGAACAUGGCUUGAAUGGAAAUAUUUGAAAAUCUACUAACAGUUUUAUAGAGACAAUUUGUUACCUAGAUUUGAAGAAUGCUCAUUUUAAUGCUCACUUUGUUCUCACUUUUGUUUUAAACUUUUACUAUGCAUGUCAAAAAGUAAAUUUUAGCUUUUACUAGGCUGAACAGUCCGGUCAUUUGAUCUGAACAGUCCUGGGUCAUUUGAUCUGAAAUGAUCGCAUUGAUGCAGAUAAAGAAGAUUUCAGAGCAUGAAAUGAACAUGUUAAUAUACAAAUUAUGCAUCGCCAUAAACUUAUAAACAUCAAAAAUAAUUUGUACGAAAUUGUAACACCUGUCUUUUCAGCUCUUUGCUCAUGUUUUUAAAGUGUUGAUAAUGUCAAUGUUUUAGUGGGGUAUCAAUGGCCACAAUAAAUCCAUGAAAAAUAAAAAAUCCAUAAGGAUGAAUACCAAAAUCAAUUAUUUUACUAUAUGGAUUUAUUACAAAAAGAAUGUCAAACCACAAAAAUCUACAAUAUAAAAAGACAUAUUUUUAUUUUAAGUUUCACGCUUGUAAAUCUUUAGGACCUAUACUAUCAAUUAGAAUGGUAUAAAGCUACUAUAACUCAUGUACAUCUAUACUAAUUUGUAUCACUUUUGUACAAAAUAUUGGACCUAACACUAAAGUUGUGUUUUGCCGAAAAUACCAAUCAAACUAACACCUCAAUUCUUUAUGUCUUUAUGAGUAUUAAUCCCAACGAUAGUCACACCAACCGAUAGUCACACCAACCGAUAGUCACACCAACCGACACUUGGUCGUCAACUGAACCUAUUUAGACUGAAAGGAAAUAGAUGCGGCGACAAUCGAUUAACUGUAUAAAAAGGAUUAAAUGGUUUUUAAGUACAAUAGAUUUUUUAAAAUCCUGUCUUAUUGUUAGAAUUUUUUAAUUAAACGAUAUUCUUUUUUUACACGACUACAUCAGUAAACAAGCUUAAUUUUAUUUUCUUCAAUGAAUUGCUUUGUUUAUAAUUAGAUGCUGCUUUUAUUUGACUGAAUCUCUCUGCAUUCUUUCUUGGAUGCAGUGAGACAAAUUGGCAGUUUUUGCUCAUUGACUCUAGCUUGUCCUAAGUUAUCCUCUGCGGUAGAGAUCCUUGUAAUAUGACCAGAGAAUAAUGAAACAGUUUAGUGUCCUGCGGUCUAGAGUUACUAUGGAAGUAUAUCAUUGUAAUUGCUACUAUUUGAAAGUAUUUAUGUAUUAUGUAUUUAUGUAUUAUGUAUUUAUGUAUUAUUUGUUCUGAAUGUAUAAUGUUCAAAAUUAACCUAGACAGGAAUACAUUGAAAUAUUGAAGAUACUUUGCUUACACUAAUUACAAUGAUGUAUUACAAAUAUAUCUAUACAAUCAA